AUGGAGACAGUUGUCAUCGUGGCCAUCGGGGUGCUGGCCACCAUCUUCCUGGCAUCCUUCGUGGCACUGGUGGUGGUCUGCCGGCAGCGGUACUGCCACCCCAAAGACCUGCGGCACCACUAUGACACCAAACCCAUCGUGGACCUGAUGGGGACCACCGAGACGCCGUCCGAACCCUCAGAACUGGAGCUGGAUGAUGUGGUGAUCACCAACCCCCACAUCGAGGCCAUCCUGGAGAACGAGGACUGGGUGGAGGAUGCCUCCGGUCUGGUGUCCCACUGCAUUGCCAUCCUGAAGAUCUGCCACACACUGACAGAGAAGCUGGUGGCCAUGACCAUGGGCUCAGGUGCCCGAGUGAAGUCCCCUGCCAGCCUUGGUGACAUCAUUGUGGUGGCCAAACGCAUCAGCCCCAGGGUGGAUGACGUGGUGAGAUCCAUGUACCCUCCGCUGGACCCCAAACUGCUGGAUGCCAGGGCGGCCGCGCUGCUGCUGUCGGUCAGCCACCUGGUGCUGGUGACCCGCAGCGCUUGCCGCCAGCCUGCCGCUCGCCACUGGGUGGAGCGGUCGCUGGCCGCCGCCGAGGAGCACAUGGCCGUGCUGCGCCAGGCCGCCAUGGCCACCGAGAGCGACCGCCCGGCGCCCACCGAGGCUUUCCGCCAGGAGCAGUCGGCCAUCUGA